GCCCCGCCCCGGAAGCGUUUCUAGGUGACGGCCGGCCCGGCCCGCAGGCGGUGCGGCGGGCGGCGGCCAGCGCUAUGGAGCACAUCCGCACCACCAAGGUAGAGCAAGUGAAAUUACUCGACAGGUUCAGCACGAGCAAUAAGUCACUGACAGGAACUCUAUACCUUACAGCAACUCAUCUGCUAUUCAUAGAUUCAAGUCAGAGAGAAACAUGGAUACUACAUCAUCACAUUGCUGCGGUAGAAAAGCUUGCCUUGACUACUUCUGGCUGCCCCCUUGUCAUCCAGUGCAAGAACUUCAGGAUAGUUCACUUUGUUGUUCCUAGAGAGAGAGAUUGUCAUGACAUCUAUAACUCUUUGCUUCAGCUGUCAAGAACAGCAAAAUAUGAAGAACUGUAUGCCUUCUCCUAUAAUCCAAAACAAAAUGAAUCUGAGCAAGUCAAAGGUUGGCAGCUUAUUGAUCUAGCAGAAGAAUAUAAGAGGAUGGGAGUGCCAAAUUCUAACUGGCAGUUGUCUGAUGCAAAUCGUGAUUAUAAGAUUUGUGAAACAUAUCCUAGGGAACUUUAUGUUCCCAGAACUGCAAGCAAGCCCAUAAUUGUUGGUAGCUCCAAGUUCAGAAGCAAAGGAAGAUUCCCAGUGCUGUCAUAUUAUCACAAAAAUAAAGAGGCUGCAAUUUGCAGAUGCAGUCAACCUCUCUCAGGUUUCAGUGCCAGGUGCCUGGAAGAUGAACACAUGUUGCAAGCCAUCAGUAAAGCAAAUCCUUCAAAUCGCUACAUGUAUGUCAUGGACACCAGGCCAAAGCUUAAUGCAAUGGCCAACAGAGCUGCUGGGAAGGGCUAUGAGAAUGAAGACAACUACUCUAACAUUAGGUUCCAGUUUGUUGGCAUUGAAAAUAUUCACGUAAUGAGAUCCAGCUUACAAAAACUUCUGGAAGUCAGUGGCACGAAGGGUUUGUCUGUCAAUGACUUUUUGUCUGGUUUGGAGAACUCUGGGUGGCUGCGUCACAUCAAAGCUGUGUUGGAUGCUGCUGUCUUCCUAGUCAAGGCAAUAGCAGUUGAGAGUGCGAGUGUAUUAGUGCACUGCUCAGAUGGCUGGGAUAGGACUUCCCAAGUUUGUUCUCUUGGAGCUCUCUUACUAGAUUCCUAUUAUAGAACAAUCAGAGGAUUCAUGGUCUUGAUAGAGAAAGACUGGAUCUCUUUUGGGCACAAGUUCUCUGACAGGUGUUGUCAGUUGGAUAGUGAUCCAAAAGAGAUCUCACCAGUGUUCACCCAGUUUCUGGAAGGUGUGUGGAAUCUGACUGAGCAGUUUCCACAAGCCUUUGAGUUCAAUGAAGCUUUCCUCCUUCAGAUCCAUGAACAUGUCCAUUCAUGCCAGUUUGGUAACUUCCUUGGAAACUGCCAAAAAGAGAGAGAAGAACUGAAAUUAAAAGAGAAGACAUAUUCCUUGUGGCCUUUCCUUCUGAAUGAACAAAAGAAGUAUCGGAAUCCUCUGUAUAAUCCAGACUCUUGUCCAGAACUAACUCUUUUGGAGCCUGAUACAGUAUCAUUCAAUUUUAAGUUUUGGAGAAAUAUGUACCAUCAGUUUGAUCGAAGUAUGCAUCCCAGGCAAUCUGUGUUCAAUAUUAUAAUGAACAUGAGUGAAGAAAAUAGACAACUGGAGGAAGACAUAAAAGAACUGGAAGCUAAAAUAAAGCGGAAAAAUGGGCAGUCAGAUGCAGUCCUUUUGAAGGAACAUCAGCAGUCUGCUCAUCCUGUGCCUGUGGCACUGAAGACCCCUCCAUGUUUCAAGAAGGAGCAGCCACUGAUCCCUGAGAAUGAUGCUGUGAGAACUAUAGAGGGCAGCAACACAGCAGACAAUCGCUACAGUGAAUUUGUGGCAGAGUUCUCAAAAGCUGAGCCUGCUGUUGUCAGCUUGGAGUAUGGAGUGGCCAGGAUGACCUGCUAAUUAAAAUCUGGCACUGUGCUUUUCUAGACUGAUUAAGAGAUGGAUUAUUUUGAGGAUGGAUCUGUACUGCAUGACCAAAACAUGAUUUUGUAUAUCGGCAGGUUUUGUUAACAUAGACUAGAACAGCAUGCUAGUUGUCAAGUGUUUGCUGUUCUUUUAAGGAGAAAAGUGUAGUUGUGUUUUAAAAGAAAUAAGGGCAUUUGGUAAGUAGUGACUAAAAAUCAAGGAAUGAUAUGUCUUUGGACUUAAGUCAGUUUGCACUAAAUUGAUUUAAACAGUAAUGUUACAUUAUUCAGUAGGAGAACAGAGGUGGUCUUUCACGGAUUGAUUUUAUUUGGGCAAGAAAACUUGAACUUUCUAUUUUAGGACGUGAAGCUACAUGUAUAUAUUGCAUAUGAUAUGGAUAUGUAUACCCUUGUUUAAUGUCAUCCAGUACUAACUUUCAGUGCAUUAAGUGCCAUGGAAAAGUAUGAUAUAUUUCAAAUCAUAAAUAGUUGGCCUUAAACCCAUCAUGUCAAUGAUAUUGUCCUUCACUAUUGCAGUCUACCUGGUUCUGUUUACAUUGUAUUUGCUCAAAUUAUUACUUAAAACAGGACUGAAUAUAAGGAAUGAAGCAUGCCUAAGCUGGCACAGCCUUUUGGCAAAUAACUAUAUGAAUGUUAAUGUAUCACUGAAGACUAUUCUUGCAGUUCCAUUGUUGUUUAAAAUGUGAUAGAUUGGCCUGAUUUUCCUCUCUGGCAGCUCAGUAGAUUGAGCAUCAUUGAAGCUACAGGUUGUGUCUGACCUUAAACGUUUUGAUUUGUGGCAAGGUAUUUAAAUGUAGAGUAAUAAAAGUAAAAACAUGUCAUGUAAGAAAAAAACUUAGCCAAUAACUGGAUUGUCAAGUCCAUUCAGAUUGUUUACUAUGUGCUGUGCAGUUGUUCAAGUUCCAAGAAUGGAAGCAGAAGUUCUGGACUUGUGGUCUGCUGACAUUGUUCCUAAGUAGAAAAAAGUCCUUAGUGUUUCCAAAGCUCACAAGAAACUGAGUGCCUCCAAAUCUUUCAUUAGAAGAAAAUACUAUUUUUUAGUGAAACCUUCUUAUCAUGUAAAAACUUGUCCAACCUGUGCAUAUUAGUAAUUUCAGUACAGUCUGGAGACUUUUAUGUAGUUAGAGGGGACAAAAACUUUUUCUAGCAGGUUGUAGUAGAAAUCAUAGGGCAUAAAAGAAAAGGAGGGAACUUACAGUUUGUAAGCUUAAUUAUGUAUCCGUAACCCUCUAGUAAGGGAGAAGAUUUUUGCUGAAGUUUGUCUCAUGAUGGAUUUUCUGAGCUGAUAAUGGAAUAGGAAAGAAACCCCAGUGCCCGGUUCUUAAAUAGAUGUAUAAUUUAUACAACUUAGGGUAUUAAGAUCUGUAGAUGUGAUGUUAGAUUAAUGCUACUGACCUUUUAUCUCUGGAUUUAAAUAACUUUUGGUUACAAAUGAAAAUGAGUUUAUUCUCACCCUAAUCCCUGAAAUCUGCUUAAAACUACUGGUGUGCCACACAUGAUUUGACAUAUUGGCAGCAUUUCCCUCUACACCAUAUUGGAUCCAGGACUCUAUUAGCAAGGCCAGUAUAGGCCAUGAUCAAGUUGCACUUGUGGAGCUGUCUAGGAGAAACUAACUGAGACUCCUCUAUUUGAGUAUUAAUUCACCUGUUUCACUUUUUUUAAAGCCUGUAAGUGUAAAUAAUGGUUCAUAAGUAUUUCUAUUCCCAAAUAUAUGAGCAUACUGUAAUCUUUAAAAUAUAUUACCCAGUCAUUUAAACAUGUUUAGAAUUUCUCCACUGAAGGUUUUGAUAGUUUCAUGUUUGCACAGUGGUGCCUUACAGGGUCACAGCAAGAGAGGUUUUUGUGCCUUGUUAUUUAUUGUCUUCCCCUCUCCCUCACCUUCUGUAUCAACUUGGUUCUGUGGUUUUCCUUUGGAAGAGCAUCUUGUAUAUUAAGCUUGUGUUGUAUCACAGUAGUGACAGAUUUAUCACUGACAACAUAAGUAACUUACCAAUUUGUAAUUAUUUGUUUUAAUGUUUAGCUGCUCUGGUGUGCCAUGUACAUGUUUCAUAUUUAUUGUUUAGAGUUUAUAGAUUCAAAAGAUUACAUGCAGCUUUUUUGCAAAUACUGUUGUAUGUUGUUUUCACUUCAACAGCUAUCUGACUACCCUUGUAUACAAGGCUUUUAAAGAGAUCUGUUCCCUUUCAGUACUGUUAAAGUGAGUUUAUUUCAGUCUUCAGGCCCUUUCUGUUGGCAGAGUUCACUUCCUAGCAAAAGGAAUCGGGAUGCCUUUUUAUUUUAAGUCAAGGUAGGUGUGUCAGGUCAGACUUAAAAUGCCAUAAAACUAUCUGAUCAAGCACAGAACCUGCUGCUUCAUCAAAAAUUACAAUACUUCCUGAUCUGAAAUAAAUAUUUUACUUCAGUUAAUAUAUGAAUGGUGUUUCAUAAGGCUGUUUUGUAGAGCAGCCUUCUUAUGAAGUCCAGAUAACUCUGCCAACUCAGCCCCCAGGGUCAUGGGUGAGAAAAGUUCCUGCAGAGAGGCAGCUGUCUGUUCUCAUUUGCUGUUUAGGCUUAAGCCAAAACUACCUAAAGCACAUGGGACCUGUGGUGAAGUAAAUAGAUAGUAAUGAAGUGAGCUCCAACAGAAAGCUUGGCAGGAUGGCCAGGACUCAGCACAGUGGGACUGUUCUGUGCCCUUCAAGAAGGGUUUAAAAAACAACAAGCUGACUAAACUGUGGCAGAAGCCUUCUGAGAGCAGAAGGAAUUUUAAUUCUUAUUUCAGUGGAUGGGCUUUUCUUCAUCAUGAACAUGCUGCUUCAAGAGCAGUUACAAUACUGAAAGGUGCCUGGUAAAGCUCAAAAUAAUGAGCAGAACUCUUUCAAGCUGCAGCAUUCAUAUCUGGUUGGUGCACUCACCAGUUGCUUGGGAAUAUGUCCCAGAUAGAAAGUUGCUAUAGUCGAUUCUGCCCUAUUGGUUGCAAGACUUUGGCACCUGUCGAUUCUGUACUUUAUCUUGAAGGUCUUGGUAGUCUUUGGAGUUCUGUCUUGUGCUGUGCUUGAUCUUUUUUCCCAUCUGAAUGCCAUAAAAGAGAAAUAAUUGCUUUUAACCUGAUUCCUUGAAGCUGAUUAGUCUCACCUGAGCAACUAAGAAUGAUUUCACUUCAUACUGAUUAAAAUAUUUAUUUCACUAGUACCAAAGGAGUUGGGCUAAUUUUUGGGAGGCUUGCUUUUGUCACAAUGUAUUCUUCAAUACAAGUUUAAACACCCAACUGUUCUGUUUUGUAGGAUGACUGCCAAAUCAACAGACUAAGAAAUUAAUUAAGCAACACUGAACUGAGCCUGUGCAUUUUCCACACAUGUCCAAUUACCAGUGACCUAAAUCUGGGGCAAAAGCCUGAAGUCUGGAGAGUCCAUUUAGAGAAUGGGAACAGCAGUCCUUCCAUAAAACUGCAUAUCCCUAUGUGGAAUAAAUGCCCUAAUAUAACGUUCUCUUAGAGGAAUAGCUAUCACAAAUCAAGCUGUGACAGUUUGAUGCAUGUCUUCCUCAGGAUAAGCACCCUGGAGAAUGCCUUUCUGGGACAGGUGAUGUGUUCUUCCUCUGUAGCUGCUGUUUUCCACAGGCCUGUUGAAAAAGUAACAUAUAAGCAAAACUGAGAAUUUCCCAUUCCAGUAAACUGAGCAUGUAACUGGAUACACAGUUGGGCUGAAGUGGGGCUGGGGUAGCUUGGCUUAACUACUAUCCUCUUAAGUGACAUAAAUAAUAUAAAGAAAUUCGAUGUUAAAAUAGCACAGGGCACAUGCUGUCGACAUCUGUUCUUUAGAGUCCUGCCCUGCUCUUCAGCAAGUGUGGCUAGCAUGAGGGCCUCACAUAAGCAUGGUGAUUGCUUUCUAGUUAGUUUAAAGAUAAUCUGAUUUCAAAUAAGAUCAUCCCUCCACAGUGGUAACUUAUAGACCUUUAGGUCAGAACCUGAAGGUUGCUCUUAAAACUCUUGUUUAGUUGCUAAUAGUUCUAAACCUGUAGCUGAUCAUAGACUUAUGUAUCCUGGUCAUGAAACCUAUAUCAACCUUUAGGAUUAGAUCUUUUAGAUUAGGCUGAAGUCUGCUUUGACUUGCUUUCACCAUUUAUGUCACACUUUCCUCAAAGUGUUGCUUAUUGUGGUGCUUGAUAUCUGCCUUUCAGGCGUAACAGGCUUCUUAAUGCUUUGGAUGUCUCAAAAACCUGGAAGUACUGCAGUUUUCUUCCACUAUUCUGAAGGCUCGGAUUAGUGAACAGUGUGGGUGAGCUUAUGUUUGAUGUAGCUAGCUUGACCUGCCUACAUGUUUAAUAGCAUUGAAAAUCAGCACGGUGUCAUAAUUCAAUGGCACAACUUCUGUAUGCGCAAUAGGCUUAAGGAAGAAGAUGCAGUUGGGACCCUUGUCACAGCAUGUAGCAAGGAACAGGACCCUGCUGGGGUAUGACUCAUAAAAAGAAGCAGUAGAGCUGUUUUGAUGUCCAGCAGCAGCUCAGGGACUUGAGGUGGAAGGUCGAAGGCAUGCUGCUUCUGAGAUCACUUUCCAGGUCUCAGAGAAUUCAGUGACCUGGUCUAUUAAACACUUGUAGCCGAGCAAUUCUGCACUGGCAUCAAGCAAAAGAAAAAUAUGUGGUUCUGUGUUUCUUAAUCUACUGGCUUCAAGUAAUAAAUGUCCUGGUGGUGACUCUGAAAUUGGGGUGCAAUAUUUUGUUUGUUCUCGUUUAUAUUUUAACUCUUGAAGUUGGUUGUAUGCUGUUUAUAAUUAAGUGGGAUUAUAGUUUUUUGACAUGCACUAUUAAAGUCUUUCCCAUCUUAAGUACCUGCUAACCUUGUUAUUAUCUUGUGCUUUGUAUCUCUGCAUAUUAUUUUUCUGCUGAAUGCUUUUCUUGCAAGUGGGCAGUCUUGGUGAAGUCCCAUGGUGCCUCACAAAGGCAUUCCUCAUUACCUAGCAUUACAGAUUGGUUUCCUUGCUGUGUCUUACUGUUGCUCUUCAAUCUUUAUAGCUGUUGGCAAUGUCCCUUGACAAACAUCUUUCCGUCAAAGAAAAUGGGUUUGUUUUCCCAUUUCUCAGGGAUUUUUACCCCUGAACUAGUGAACUUGAAGAAUAUUGCUUAUUGUCCCUUUCAGGGCUUCUGAGUGCCUGUUGACUUCCACAGUCAGUUUACUUACACAUUUUAACUUCAGACCUGGCUAUUAAAAAAAAAAAGUUCAAAUGUUGGAUAUGGCAAAGGGGAAGAAAAUUGUUUUCAUUGUAAUGUAUCUGGAAAGACUGGCUGUUUCACUAGCAUUUACUGCUCUGUAAUGCUGUCUGUAAAAGUCAUUUAUCUGUGUGCUGGGACCAUGCUUGAUGUAUAUUCCUGAAGAAACUUUAGCAAAUGGAAUUUUGUAAUAAGUAUUUUAUUUGUACGUGUUUUGAAAAUCCAUAAAGCUUAAAAUAAAAUGGUCUUAAUAUUGCCAAUCUAA